CCGGCCAGGGCCGGGCCGGGCCAGGCCGGGCAGGGGCGGCCCGGAGGGAGCAGAGCGCGGUCGAGACGCGCGCCAUGGACCCGAAAGCGGGCGGCGGUGGCGAGGAGGACGACUGCGUGGACUCGGGAGCCGAGACCGGAGGGUCCGACUACAGCCACUUGUCCUCUACCAGCAGUGAGCUUUCCGUGGAGGAGGCGCAAGACCCUUUCCUGGUGAGCAUCCACAUCAUCUCGGACCCUGGAGAGUCCCAGCCGCUGCAGGAGGCCAUCGACAAGGUGCUGGCGUGGAUCCACCCGGACCUCCCGCUAUUCCGGGUGUCAGAACGACGGGCUGGCCGGCACAGGCGGCGGAAGCCCCCCAAGGACGCGCAGCCCGCGCUGGCCGUGGUGCUGUUUCUGCAGGAGGAGUAUGGCGAGGAGCAGAUCCUGCAGCUGCACCGCAUGCUGCAGCGCCCACCCUGGCGCCACCACCACACGGAGCGCGUGCAUGGCCGGUUCCUGCCCUAUCUGCCCUGCAGCCAGGAUUACUUCACACUGGCCCCCGGAACCCCACUGUGGGCCAUCAGGCCCGUGCACUAUGGCAAGGAGAUCGUGCGCUUCACCAUCUACUGUCGCCACGACAACUAUGCAGACAGCCUCCGGCUCUACGAGCUGAUCCUGCGCCGCAGCCCCAGCCAGAAGAAAGCCGACUUCUGCAUCUUCCCCAUUUUCUCCAAUCUGGAUGUGGAUAUUCAGUUCUCCCUCAAAAGACUGCCCUGCGACCAGAACCCAGUGCCCACCGACUCCUCCGUGCUAGAGUUCCGGGUGAAGGACAUUGGUGAGCUGGUGCCGCUCUUGCCCAACCCCUGCAGCCCCAUCAGUGAGGGGCGCUGGCAGACCGAGGACCAUGACGGCAACAAGAUCCUUCUGCAGGCACAGAGAUUGCACAGGAAGUUCACCAAACCCAACAGAGCACACCACUCCUAUGAGAAGAAGCCCCAUUCAACGCCUUCACCUACCACCACUGCACCAAUCCGCUCACCGGGCAUCAGCCAGCCAACCCCAUUCCUGGUGCCCAGCCGGAGGAGUUUGCCUCCUGGGCACCAGCAAGAAUGUGCCAGACUAGCCAGCAGUGCCCCUAGCCCUCCCUGGUCUUUCCAGAGAAGCAAGUCCUUGUUUUGUUUGCCCACCCAAGGCCCCUCCCCAGCCUCUUCAGCCCCACCACAGUGGUUUUCAAACAUUGAUGCCCCAGGGCACAGGGCCUCAGAGGGGAACCCUGGUCAUCUCUUCUCCGUUGAUGACUUAGAGGGGGCCCAGGAGACAGAUGUGGACACAGGCCUGCGGCUGUCCUCCUCCGACCUAUCUGUGGUCUCAGCCUAUUCUGCCCCAAGUACAUUCUGCAGCUCGGUGGAAACCUCCCUCCCUUCUGAGAGAUACAGCAGCCACAGGCCAGCACACAAAGGUCCCAGAGAAGAAAGACCUUUGCCUGUAGCCAGCGGGACGACCCCAGAAUCUUCAUGGGGUCCCCUUCCCUUCUUCACCAAAGGGUCUCCCAGCUCCUCAGAGACAGCCAUCACUGUUCCCACAGCUUCCAGUGCUUCGUCUCUCAGAGAUUCGCCCACACAGCUCCCUUCUGACACCCCAAAAAGUACGAGGGCUGACGUAGAUAUACCACCACCCCCAGCACUGGCUGACAUGGAGGAGUUCUACAUCUGAACAUGGCUUGUCUUCCAAACACAAACUCAGACACACGGGCUCAGGUUCCCCAGUGUUCUCAGACCAGGUUCCCAGGUCAGUCUGGAACAUGUUAAUCCGUUUCCAGGAGCUUAGUCGCACAUAUGCCCUGCCACAUAUCCUUAGCCCAGACAGUAUAUUUCUAGGGGUAGGGUGGGAAAAUACUGACAUUUCUAUGCAAAUAAGUACUCCACCAACUUAAGACCUAAAAUAUAUUUGAAUAUUCCAGUAUACAAUUUAAAUGUUUUGUAUAGUUAUUUGAGAUGAAAAGAAAACUGGUCAGCCAGAGCUGAUUUGGCAAAUUUUUCAUACUGUGAAAGUGAAACAAUUAAAGCCAAAAUGUUGAAUGUGAGAUAGAGAGGGAGUGACUUGUAAGAGUUAUCCAUGCACAAUGACAGAAUGUACAUCUUAUUUGAUUUCCCCUGCCCCCCAUAGAUUUACAUGACUGCAAGAAAAUGGCCCUAGAAAUUUGCAAGCCUUGCUUAGAGCGAACAAGCAGCUUAAGAUGGCUGUCAACUUACAUAAGACUACAGAAACCCCUGCAAUAUAUGAAAAUCUGAAUUUGGACCAAAGUGGCUAAUAUGCUUUGAAGAAUUCAGCAUGAGUCACAGAUGCCUGGUGCACUUAAAUUACGAUUUCACUUCUCAAACCUAGAUUUGCAAAUACUUUUUCAACAACACAUCCACUGUCAUGAAUGAUGGGUUGCAGAAGAUCAGUCCGCUGUCAGGGCUAAUGUGGCUCGCCCAGGCAGACACGUUCUUUGGAGAUAAAGUAUAAUAGGAUGUGAAGCAUCAUGAUUACACUGGCUUCUGCAGACUCUUCCACUUUCAAAAGCACAAUCCAAGGACCACAUCCACAGCUCUGUGAAUGACAAAAGCCACAUUUUACACUGUUUUCUUUUUUGAAGAAAUACAUAUGGAUCUCCUGUGUUCUUCGUGUUUUUAAUAACUUGGAAUCUUUCAGCUGGUGUUUUUUUCUUUUGAUUGCACAGAUGAGCGAGUGUCUCCCUUCCCCCAAAGUGGGAAGCCACCCAAAAUACUCGUUCUGAGCAAACACUGCUUCCCUGCUAGCCUUCAUGUGGACACGGGAGCCUUAAUUAAAGCUGGUGCUUUAUCCCAACAUUGGCUUUUCCUGUCUGUUGACCUAUUCUGCCUCCCUGUGAAUGGCAUUUAAAUCUCCCAGUAAGGAUAUGUUUACAACUGCCACAUCAGCAAUGCCAAGUGCAAGCAUCAGGGGCAAUGCCAAGCUGUCUCUGAUGCUAUUUAAUCUUUGCAGAAAAGCAAUGCGGACCUGCAUUGUUCAUUUUUCAGCCUGGUGCUCCUUGCCUGAAUUACUUAUGGCCCACUUUUCUUCUCUGGCAGUGUUCACAUCAGAUAUCACAUGGCCUCCAGGCUGCUGCUACCAGCCAUCAGACUUGAGCUGCCAGUUAAGGUCUUUAGAUCCUGCCUCAAACACCCUGGACUUCCCAGAACUUGAAAUUGUAAUAUUCUCCUCCAAUGUAAAUAAAU